UUUAGCAUUACUAUAAUGAAUGAAUAAAGCGUCGCUGCAUUAUACUUGAUUUUUAUAUAAACAAAAUCAUAAUAUCAUAUCUCUAUACGGACUCCUUUUCAUUGUAUGCGAAACGACAGAUUCUCCUAAUCAUCCUCUCCACCCUGUAUGGGACACACCCCAUAAUUGCACCCAACACUCCUACUAAGCUAUUAUUCACAAUUCUUUUUCUGUUUGAAAACCCUUUUUUUUUGUGUAUAAAUAUCAAUCAAUCUCCAUCACCUUUUACCCCACCAAAACCAUUCCUUCUUUUUUCUUCAUCUUCCAUGAUGGAUCCUUCAUGCACUUCUUCUGUCAAUGGCUUCUACAACUUCCUAACCAGAGGACUUGAAGAACUUCAUUGCUCAAUCCUCUCCCACAGUCUCUUGUCAGUUCAGUUCCUUCUAAAAGUCCUCUCCUCCCUCCAAUCCUUCAAUUCCCAGUUAAUCAUUUUGGUUCAUAAUCUUCACCUUCCUGUAGGGGAAAAAUGGCUCGACGAGUACAUGGAUGAAAGCUCCAGACUUUGGGAAGCUUGUCAUGUACUCAAAUCAGGCACUUCAGGGAUGGAAAACUAUUACUUAUCUGCAGCCAACAUAGCUUCCUCCCUCGAAAACUACCAUCAUUUUGAUAGACAAACUUCUCGUCAGGUUGUUCGAGCAAUAGUGGGUUGUCAAAGGGAAAGUGUAGGAUUUGAAGAGGAUAACAGGAGCUUGAUGGAAACAAGAGUUGAAGCACUAUCACUAAGACUUGAUGGGAAUGCAUUAGCAGAAUCAAAUUCGAAUGCAUUCAACGGUUUUCGAGGUGUUCUUUACGCAAUGAGGAAUGUCAAUUCACUGCUGAUAACAAUACUGCUGGCAGGGCUUGUAUAUUGUUGGCCUGGAUCGAUUUUCCGCGAUCGAGUAUACGAGGAGGGACAACAACACAUGAUGCUUGGCUCUGCCUUGAUGGUUUCCAUAGCAAGAUUGCAACAGAGAAUGGAAAACGAGAGCAAUGGAAUCAGCGAUCAACGACCGGGAAUCAUGCUUUAUGAGUUCAGAAAAGCAAAGGCUACAAUGGAGGAGAUGAAGCUAGAGAUGGAGAGUGUUGGGGAUUAUGAAUUAUCAGAAGUCUUGCUGCAUGAUGAAAAGAUUGAAAACUUGAAGAAUUGUGUUGAAGAGUUGAGAUGUGGAGUGGAGGCCAUAAUUGGACAGCUUGAUGAUUUCUUUGAUGAAAUAGUUGAAGGAAGGAAGAAACUUGUGGACAUGUGCACUCAUCAUAGAAGUGACAAAGCAAAAUGAGAGGUUGAUAGACAGUUACAGUAAUCAUGAAGUUGUGAAGGAAACAACAAAGGAAUUGCCAUGAAAAGAUAAGAAACAAGAAGAAUAUUAUUUUUUUAGCUUCAAUGCAAAGCAAGAUUUUCACAUUCAAGGGCAGAUUCUUCUAGGGUACUAGAUUAUGUGCAUUUUUUUUUGUCAAACUAUAAUGAAGGAAUCAAGUGUUUUGUGUGUUCAUAUAUAAAGUAUACGAUGACACAUUCAGCAAAACAAAAAUAUAUAUAUAUGUAUGUAUGUAUGUAUGUAUGUACUAUGUAUGUAUGUAUGUAUGUAUGUAUGUAUGUAUAUUCAUAUUCAAAUAGCAACUUCAUGAGCAAGUGACACAUUUGGCAACUUCAAGAAAGAAAAAUACCAAUGCAUGAUUUUUGUUCUUAAUAUUCAAGUCUGCUGCCCCUAGUGUUAAGGAAAACUGGAAAAGUAAACUAUUUUGACUUAGGCUGUUAUUGUCGCCAUUUACUGAAAAAGAAUGCUUAAUUUUCCACAAAAUCCUUCUCAUGUCUGGUAAAAGAAGAAUGCUUUUACCAAAAAAGGGGGGAUUAUGCCAUCCCAUCAUACGACAAAUCCACAGAUCAAAUUAGACAAUGAUAGAAAUCUAAAUAAAUAAAGGAAAUCUUAGCUCUCUGUUUUCUUGCAAAAUUUGUGGGUCAGCUUCUUAGCAUCAUUUUCAUUUCGUCAAACCAAGCUACCCUUCCUGGUUUACAUCUGAUUGGUUUUGAGUUAUGUUGCAAUUCACAGGCCAAAAACAUAAAAGAUAUUAUCCGCUCUGAGCCGCAGGCUUGUACGGAUUUGUUCUUCGUAGACUAUCGCUAGUGUUUCAUAGGCCCUAAACACUUUUUUUGCAAUGCAAAUAGUGUUGGGCUUUACUUAUAAACCACAUGUUGGAUUAUGUUAGACCAAUGCGAAAGUACAAGGAACUGGCCUCCAAGCACAAGAGCUUCUUGCAAAUGUUCUAUCAUACUAAUGUACGAUGUGGGUUAUCAGUAGGUGGAUAUCUUCAGGAGGAUAUGUUGUGAUAGUAUAUGACUAAUCAUUGUAGUUGUGGAACAAUUGUGAUCAAGUGGGGGAAAGGACACCACCACACUUAAGAGAGGAAGGAAAAAGAUUCCUAUGUUGGAUUUGAAAACUGAAAAGUAGUUUUCAAUCUCAUGAUUCAUGUGUCCCCGUCAAUUCCAGUUUUGGAAGAAAAUGGUCUUCCCUUCUACACUCUGUCGAGAAAAUCCGUGAGUAUUCAAGUAUUUUUUUUAACCAAGAAUUCCUCAACCCAACAUGACUACUUGACAGUUGAAUCAGCUCUAAACUCGGAUCGCUAACCUAGUCCGCUCCACGCUGACCACAUGUAAGACUGGACUGAAGCCCUUGUGGGGAGAACGAGGCCGAAGCCCACAAAAGAGAGUUAACUCAACAAAACCUCCCAUAGGCCAAAGCUUCUUUGUUAGGUUGUUGUAUUCAAGGAUAUUACUAAGUAGAACAAUCCAUAUUUAUAAUUUCCAGCAUCUAUGAGCUCUAUCACCUGUGCAAUAAGCUUCUGGUAUCUUAAGAUUUGCUUCUCCUUUUCCACUUCUUAUCUUGUUCACAAUAUUUUCUCAUGAACCCAGAAGAAAAGAAACAAGACCAGAAAAUAAAAAUGAAAACUUAGCCAUUCAAGCAUCGGCCUUAAAGAAAGAUGCACAAAGCAAAACUGGCACUUACAACCUUGAGA